AUGGAAUCAUAAACAAAAACAAAAUCUUAUUUUUGUUGUUUGUUUGGAUGUUGAAUUUUCCGGGAAAAUGUUUUUAAGGAAACAAUUCGAUAAGCGUACGGCUGUUUAUCGUUCAAGUGAUUCAAUUAAAAAUUUUAAGUUUCGAGUAAGCCUUCGCACGUUGAACACAUUGAUAUCCGUCCCCAAAUAUCAUCACACUACUAAAACCGAUCGAAAGACUCAACAGAAUGAAACCAGUGACGACGAGAUCGAGAGCCAUACCUUACGAUGGCAGGAAAAACGUCUCAGCCGCAAAGAGAUAUCGUUUUUUGCUAACAAAGAAAAUUGUCAAACGGAUGCACAGAAAGAACACCACCAGACGAUCAAAAGAUACGGUCUGGAUGAUGAUGAACGAUUGGUCGAUAAAAUUUUUACUUAUGUGAGUGAUGACCCUUUUAACGCUGGCAGUGUCAAUAAGAAAUUCAGUGAAUUCAUUCAACGAGUUGAUGAAUUGGAUGAAGAAAGCUUAAGCGGAGAUUUAGUAAUUGCUAGUGGCGGACGAGAGAGACUGUUCAACGGUCUAUUCGGUUUCGAAACAAUGUACAUAAUGGCCGAUUUAGCAUUGGAAACGGUUUUAUUCACCAUCAGCUGGAGGUCACGUGACGGCUUGCUGAUCGUUUAUCCGGACUUCAAUUCGAUGUCAGCGAAUCCUUACCUGCAAGAAAUCGACUCGGAUUCAAAACACAUGUUCCACUAUGCACUGGAAAACUUGUCCGAAGACUUUGACCGCGACGAGUCGCAAGGGAAAAAAGACAUCGAAGUGAUUUCGCAACUAAAAAAUCUAUCGAUUGCUGCACCAGCUGCAUUUCAUGUGCCACCGAAGCGACGUGCGAACAUUCUGCUUCAUUUGGAAAUUGAAUCGGCCGAACGUUUUGAAUACGACAACAUUCACAUCCGGUAUAAUAUUGCGCUUCCCAAUCGUUGCGAACUUUUGGACGGUUUAAUUGAAGGCAGUACGCAUUCAUGUCGUAAGAGGUCGGGUCAACAAAGGUUCAACGUUGGGUAUUGCCACGAGAUGAUGAUGCUAUGCAACAUCGAUUAUGAGUGGAGUGAUAGCGCUAAAAUCGCUUUGGACGUUAUAUCAACCGAUGGAUGGAACAGGGAAAGAAGUGAAGGAUAUGCAAUGCUAUCCAUCCCCCUUACACCAGGAAUAUUUCAACAUGAACUACCGUGCUAUAGAGAACUGACCGAUAAUACUGUGAUGGACAAACUGAAACGAUACUUCAUUGGUGGCCGUCGAAUCGUUGAUCAUAACACAUUCAGUGCCAUAUCAACUGCGGAGAAGGUAACCAAACUGAACCGUUACGGCAAUGAGACAAUAUCCAGUGGCAUUUUGUUUGUCAAGCAUCAAAUACUGCUGCAACGAAACGAUAGUCUGAUACAAGCGUUGUCGACGGGAAAAAGUCGCGCGAAACGCUCGUCUAAAAACAAUUUAACAAUUGAUGAUGUCGUGUCCGCCUAUCAUUUGGCUAAAGUCAGACUGGAAGCAGCUACUUCAAAUAAAUAACUGUUUUAAA